UAUUUGUACAUAUUUGUAGAGUGAUUAGGCUUAGGACUGAUUCGAUCGGUACAUUAGAAGUUCUUCACGCUACGGUUCAUUUUGUAUUUUGUUGUAACUUCCACUCUAACUGCUAGUUAACGUUCUUCUUCUGCUUUGUCUAACAAUCCUAACAUCGAACUAAACUCUUAUACUUAACCAUCAGCGACACCCCCGUUUUUUAAAACAAUCCAUUUUCACAUAUCUUUAUAUCAAGCCUUCAUAUUUCCGACAUGUCUUUCGCCGAAGUGGGUUCCGAAUCCCUAAGGCCAAUUCUUCUACGUUCCAGCACACCAGCUCCCAACGAGAAAGUACUGCUAUAUCUAGAGGGUAUGCAAAGAGAAUCAAUGGGUCUCGGAUCACCUACUUCUACUCUCAUUCGUAAUGGCCUCCCAUCUACAAGGCGCAGCACCUUUGGUAAUGAUGAUGGUGCCGACGAUCUAGAUUCAAAUGUUCAGGAGGGUGAAAAGACCGAGUUGUCCAUCAAUGCUCAUUCUGCAAUGCACAAACCUGGUCCUCAGGAUCCACCAGGUUCGCGUUAUGAGUCAUUUGACUCUGGCCCUUCGUUUGGCAACAAGGGUCCUUUACCUGACUUUGGGCUCAGUAACGGGGCACCUCCCUGGAAUACAUGGGAGCAUUCUACAGUGGCCGGCGCAGCAAGAGUACCCCUUCCAACGUCUAUCGCCUCACCUACCACUUUCAAUAUCAAUAUAGAACCUCCUUCCACACCCAGCGGUUCCAAGUCGCGCAAGUCUACUACUUCCCAAGUCAGCGGUCCCCCUUCAAAAUCACACAAGUCAGCUCAUUCCAUGGUUGAGAGCGAUUCACGGGACACUGUUCGCGGCCACCACAAUACUCCAAGCAAAGCACACACAGCGCGCACCACCGCACAUGACGAACCCCCCUUGUCCCCUCGCCGGUCGCGGGCCGGAUCAAGAUCACAGGUCCAUACUGAUUAUCCUCCUUUACCCCCCAGCACAUUACUUAGCCCACCAGGACGAAUGAACCAACUUCCUCUCUCCCCGCGAUCCCACCACCGUGCACCAAGCGUGUCCCCAUCUGACUCUCCCAGUCAAGCCCCUUUGAAGGCUGCCAGAAAGGCUGCCGAAAGGGAUCGGGAACUGAAAGAAAAAGAGAAGAUACGCUCAGUAGUGAGUGGCGGCCCUAUGAGUGACGUUGAUGGUGCUGCAUCGAAACGUGGAGGUCCAAUCAGUGCUGCUGGCAGCCCAUUAUCGCCCUCACAUCACAAUCGCCCAUUCUCCCCUUACCGUCAUGCCGCCACCCACGAAGACUUACUCUUUGCUGCAUCAACGCAAGUCCAGAGGCAGAUGUCUUCACAAUCAAACGCGUUGUCUCAGUUGAACGUGAAUUCGUCUCAGCUGAAUGGUGUCGCAGGCGGCAGCAAGCUAUCUCACGUCUCGCACCAUUCGCAUCAGACUCAUCAAUCCCAUGUAUCGCACCAGUCGCACCAUUCGCACCAUACCCAUCAAUCCCACAGCCGCGCUCGCUCGCCGGCACGCGUAGAAGAAGAUGGCAGUGGCAUAGCGACGCCCACCCCCUCUCGUCCGCAUUCCCCAUCGUUAUCCCUGAACCAGGCUGAGGUGGAGAUGGUACAAAAGGCACUGGCUGCACGUGGUGCUGGCAAUCGUACGUCAUACGCCCCUAGUGCUCUCGAACCAGAAAUCGUCAACUCUCACUUCCACGAUAUGGAUCUUUGCAUUUUACUUCACCAAAUGGACGAUAACACGACACAUGAGGUGGUAAAGAGGGCGCUGAGGAAAGCUUUGAGGCAGCGCGUCAAGAAGCUGGGCUUGAAGUAUGACCAAGAGUCCAUGCGACAGUACAGGAAGUCGUUCCAUGAUCAUGAUCCUAGCGUCCACCUGGAUGCGUCCUUUGAGCCUUCCCAUUCACAAGAGCCACCUGAAUGGGCCAAAGAGCUUAUGAACGGAAUGAUAAGAGUCCAAGAGCGUCUCGAAACUCUCAGCCCUCAAUCAUUGAAUGCGCCCAUGCCACCUCGCAGCCAGCAAUCAUACGCCGAGUCUUCUGCUUCUCGUGAUCAGUACCGAGGAGAGACGGAAUAUUCAGAAAACAUGGAUCAGUACGGUCAAACUCCCCGCACCCAAACCGUGAACAUCAACACGCAGGCGACCGGCACGAUUCCGGAGUCGAUGUACCAAAAUGAAACCGCUAUGAUUGAAGAGGAUGAACUCUACGAAGAUCGCACUGAGAUGGAGCAGCGGUUUGUCGCUGCUACAAUCACUGAGACACGGGGAGCCUUGAGCGAGUUUUUGAGCGGCGAUCGAGAUGACUCUCCGGGUCAGCAGUUCCUAGAGGAGGAGCUGUACAAGUUGCGUGUCAAGCCUGGAGGAAGCCAAUCGGCCAUCACGCACAAGACUUGGGAAGUCGCAAGAGAUGAUCAGGACGAGUUCGAGGAGGGUCACGGGGCGUUCACCGAAUCUGGACUGCCUGAAAUUCCCGACUCGGGCAACUACACCGAGCGCCGUCAGCCUUCUCCACCUCUGCCGCCACUCCCAGGACAAGAGGGCAGUCGACGCGAGUUGGUGCCUUCUCAGAACUCGCAAGUCUGGAAUCCCAGUAACGACUAUGGCGAGCCUACUCCCCCACCAUGGCAACGCAUCCACCAGCGCCUCCUCAGUUGGGCUAUUAUUUGGCCGAUGAGCGAAAUCGAUGCGGCGCUCAAUAGCACAACUCGAGGGCAGCAGGUGGAUGAGGUCGCGCUGAGCAUUUGGUCGACGCAGACGUACAAACGCUAUGUGAGAAGCCGCAUGACGGAUACACCGGGCGGUCGGGUGGAUAGGCUUUUCGUCCCUCCGAAUAUGGCAGAUGCCAUCAGCACCGCUGUUUUCAAUGGCCGGCAUGGGGAUGCGUGUGGGAUGCUGAGGGAUCUUUGGGCGCCUUUUGGAUUUGAUGGCGCUCCGCGAUUGAUCGUUGUGCUUGCGAAACAUCGGUCGGAUGCAAAUCAUUGGGUCGUUCACAGAUUUUCGCUCCCUGAUGGUGCACUGACUACAUACGACUCGUAUCCUGAGCGGACGCUUCCCGAUGGACGGCCUCUUGGUUGGUGGUUCGCCAUCCGAGUAGCAUGGCCCGGUGCCAUCUACGCAAACCCAGACCACCUCAUGCAAAAGAUGGUCCGCCUCCAUCGCCCGAUGCAGCUCAACAUCGACAACUCCGUCGCUGCUGCCGGCAUCUGGCGAAACGUGCUCAUGGGCUCUCGUGCAGAACGCAGUCUUGACCUCGAGCGUCUUCGGGAUUUGAUUAAUACGGAGGUGAAGAAUUUGAGGCAGAGGAAACAGCAGGGGAAGUUGUCGAUUAGCUCGCCUAAAGCGAAUUGGGAGGAUAUUUAGUUACUUUAGUUGCUUUGGACUCAUACCUGGACUCGUUGAUUAAUUUUGGUUAUCGUCGUGCUGGAUUUGAUGUAUGUUGUAUGGAUGUGCGAAUUUGCUUUUGCAUGCCGUUGGUGUGAUGUUUGGAGAGCGAAUCUCAGCGAGAGACUUUAGUGGUACUGUUCUCUG